AUGGGUUCGAGCUUCUCGGGGUUUUCGUCGGACUCGGACGCGGACGGGGACGGCGCCCUCGCGAAGCCGAGGCUGGGCGACAUCCCGGAGAGCUGCGUGGCGACGGUGCUGAUACACCUGGAUCCGCCCCAAAUCUGUAGCCUGGUCCGAUUGAACCGGGACUUCCGCGGCGCCUCCUCCGCCGAUUUCAUCUGGGAGGCGAAGUUGCCGAAUUACGGGACGAUCGUGGAGAAAGUGCUGGACGAGCCCAAGGUGCUGAAUUUGGGCAAGAAGGAGAUCUACGCUCGUCUCUGCAGGCCUAAUUCAUUCGAUGGCGGUACCAAGGAAGUUUGGCUGGAUAAGAGGACGGGCGGGGUUUGUCUGUCGAUUUCAUACAAGGCCUUGAUGAUCACCGGAAUAGACGAUCGAAGAUACUGGAAUCACAUUUCGACCGAGGAAUCUAAGGGCGUAUUCCAUUCGGUUGCAUAUCUUCAGCAAAUCUGGUGGUUUGAAGUAGAUGGCGAGUUGGAAUUUCCAUUUCCUACAGGGACGUACAGCGUCUUCUUCAGAGUCCAGCUCGGUAAGUCGACUAAGAGACUGGGCCGUCGUGUAUGCAAUCCCGAGCACGUCCACGGCUGGGACAUAAAGCCCGUCCACUUCCAGCUCACAACUUCUGAUGGACAGCGUGUCGCGUCCCACUGCCAUGUGGACAAUCCGGGGAACUGGAUCCAUUACCACAUGGGAGACUUUGUCGUCGGGAAGUCCGACACAUCGACGAAGAUCAACUUUUCAAUGACCCAGAUCGACUGCACUCACACCAAGGGCGGUCUCUGCGUGGACUGCGUCUUGAUAUGUCCCAGUAGUGUAGGCAAAUUGAUUAAUUCAUUGUCAUAGUGCGAGUAUCGUAGUGAGAUGGGGAAUCGUGCGAUAGUACAUAGUUCGGGCGAAACCGUAGAGCUUAGUUUUGAUUGGAUGAAGAAGCUUACUGUGUCCAUGUACAUAAGUGUUUUGAUAUUGCUCCUCUCUUUCCUAAUAAUCCAAUUUCUGUGCAGCCUGCGAUAGUAUAUAGUUCGGGCGAAACCGUAGAGCUUAGUUUUGAUUGGAUGAUGAAGCCUUACUGUGUCCAUGUACAUAAGUGUUCUGAUCUUGCUCCUCUCUUUCCUAAUAAUCCAGUUUCUGUGCAGUACCAUGUAAUUCUCUCUUUUUCCUUUCGACAUUUACUAUGAAAUUGGUUAUAUGGAGAGUGUUUUGGCAUGGUUGCCUCUUGUUUA